UUCCCUUUUAAUAAGUGGUAACAGUCAAUCAAAGUGGCAAUCUUGUAUUUUGCACAUUGCUUUAUGUGUUCUGAUAGGUGUCACAGAAUAAAGGGAGGGCACUAUCUCACAUACUACUUUUUCUUUGAGACAAGCAUUAUAUAGAAUGGACAGUCAUUUAAGAUGUUGAGUUAGAAAUGAGGCCUUGACCAGUGUGCAUAUCAAUUAUUCAGCAACUCAAACAGAACAACCACACAGGAAAGGGAGAAAUUACAAACUGCAAGUGAACCAGCAACUGGUGUGAUAAUGAAUGCUGACGAUUGCAAUGGCCGUUCUUAUAUGUCAGGUAGUGGAGAUUCUUCAACAGAGCGGGAGUUUUUCGCAGGGAUAAGAGGACCCACAGUGAGCACACCAAACAGCCAACAGUCCUCUCCCAGCCGCUCACUCAGUGGUAACUCCAUCAAGGUGGAGCUCUACAGCGACGAGGAGGCAGGUGUUGCUUCGCUGGCAAAAAGGAGACUUGGGGAAAAAGAUGAAGGGUGGAAAGAUGAAAAGGUGGACUUGGCAGACGACGGGGCAGUGGAGAUAGUUGGAGGUACGCUAGGACAGACUGGAACCGGUUGCGGGGAGAUGGCCAGCCCUGGGCCUGCAUCACCCGGUCCUGUUCGGCUGCCUAACGGGAAACUUAAAUGCGAUAUUUGUGGGAUGAUCUGCAUCGGACCUAAUGUUUUAAUGGUGCACAAACGGAGCCAUACAGUCUUGGUCUCGGCAGGUGAGCGACCAUUCCAGUGUAACCAGUGCGGCGCCUCCUUCACACAGAAAGGCAACCUGCUCCGCCACAUCAAGCUCCACUCCGGCGAGAAGCCCUUCAAAUGUCCCUUUUGUAACUACGCCUGCCGUCGCCGCGAUGCCCUUACAGGACACCUCCGCACCCACUCUGUGUCCUCUCCUACAGUAGGGAAGCCCUACAAGUGCAGUUACUGCGGUCGCAGCUACAAGCAACAGAGCACCCUGGAAGAACACAGAGAACGAUGCCACAGCUACCUACAGAGUAUGGACCACCAGCCUGCUCACAACGCCCAGCCUGCACAUGGUGAAGAAUCCCAUAAUGUGGAGAUGAUGUCUGAACCUCUGAUCCAGUCGUCCUCAGAGAAGAUGACUUUUAUUGAUCGGCUGGCCAACAGCAUCACUAAGAGGAAGAGAUCCACACCCCAGAAGUUCCUGGGUGAAAAGCACAUGCGACUGAAUUUAUCCGAAGCACCUUAUGAUCUCGACCCCAAUCCGGAUAAAGAAGGGGACAUUCUGGUCUCGCACACUGAGGGUGACUCGGCUGCUUUAGUAGGCAUAAGAGGACGUUUCCUCCGGGGGCCAAGAGGAGGAAAUGAUUUGGAUCCUUCCCGCUCCCUGCGGAUGCCACCCAACUCUGCCUGCCUAUCAGAGUUCACCCCAGUCAUCAGCUCUGUCUACUCUCAUAUAACGCCUCUUGGCCCACGGAUGAACUGUGCAGGGAGCAUCUCCAUAGGCCUACCCGGUAGGGAGGCCGGGGAGGGCCACGAGGACGUGCCCUCCAGCCGCAGCCACGCAGCCUCGCCGAGCAACGGUUACCAAGAUUCGACAGACACUGAAAGCAUGGCGGAGGAACAGUGCAUCAUCACCUCAGUGCCGCCCGGAAGCUUGAACCACCGCGGGCGAGAGCGGCACAGUCCUAGUCACGCCAAAGAAAUGGACAUGGAGGGCGACAGGGAUAAAGGAGUCCCCGGGGGUUUGCCGACCAAGUCAAGUCCGCGCUCGCCGCCGGCACGGGAAACGAUGCAGGUGGUGGAUGGGGAGGGGCGGCCGGUGCGUUCCUUCCGCUGCGAGCACUGUCGCAUUUUCUUCCUGGACCAUGUCAUGUUCACCAUCCACAUGGGCUGCCACGGCUUCCGCCAGCCCUUUGAGUGCAACAUCUGCGGGCACCGCAGCCAGGACCGCUACGAGUUCUCUUCGCACAUUGUGCGAGGGGAGCACCAGGUGGGCUGAGGUUGGCUUGCCGGUGGUGCAGGUUGAGAUUAGGAAGUGAUGUACAGAUGUAUGCUGCUUUGAGAUGGCGUCAUGGCUUCUAGUUUGGUCUGCACCUGAUUGGAGGCACGGCACAUUAGCACUUGCUCUUUUAGCUAGUGGACAUCACCAGAUUUUACUGUCAAAAGUUAAUCUCUUCACUCAAUGCAAUUGCAUCCCGUGUUAGAGGAUGUCAAGAGGAUUAGAACGGGGGGCAAGUCAUAUCCUCCAGUUGCACUCCCACACCAAGUCAUUCAUUGCAAGACGCAGCUGUUUUGCUUUAGAAGUGCCUUCCUUUUGUGGGGUUCCUUUUAAAAAAUUGAAAAAAGCAUUGCUUGUUUUGCAGGUGUGAGAUUAAGUUUAUACUCACCUGAUCAGUGGCGUUUACAUAGAGUCUGCCUCUCAAAGAGACAAAGACCAUGGGUGACACGCUUAGAAGUCCAAAGCCGGGUAGACCAGUUUUCCAAAGUUUCUGAGCCUAUUAAACAAGAGAAAUCUAUGCCUAGGAGUAUUCACACAAACUUUGUGCUCUAUUAGGAUACCUCUGUGGGACUGCUGGAAUUAGGCGACUCAGGGAGGGCAUUGCUGACAGAGAGAGAAUCAAAAAAACAAGCUGCUUGAAUUGCAAAACUCAAAGGCUGGAAGAAAGGGAGUGUUGGUACGUUAGCCAUAUAAGGAGCACAGACACAUAUUGCCUUAAUAGUUGCUUUAUAUGAUCCCUGUAUGAGCUGGUUGUUGAAUUGCACAUGGUUUUUAAUGCUGGAAAAUUCAGUAGGUACAAUGCAGCCCAUUGCAUACUGCCUGAAUUUGGGUAACUUCAAAAUGAAGAAUGGAAUGGAAGAUUAGGCUAAGGCUUGGAUAGUUUUAUUAAGUGUAUUUUAUUUUUAUUUAAGGAAAUGAACUUGAAAUAUUUUGCCUUAGUUUUUGGGUCUACAACCUACGUCCUACAAAAAAAGUCAAACCAGUCGGUUUCCUUGUGCCUCAUAUCUUGAUUGUUGUUUCAAACUUCUGUCCAAACAGACCUCACUCAAGGGAUGACAAGGAGUUUUGCCUAUUAAAUCUAUUGGGGUUUUUUAAUCUGUUUUGUAAUAUAAAGUCCCCCCAUCCAUCUUCUGUUGUUGACUUCUAGACGGAAGGCCCGGCUUCAUAUUUUAUGCAGUGGGCCACAUUUUAUGGUUACAUUUUGUAAGAUGUCAAGUAGAAAGCUGAGGGUGAAAAGGCGCCUACGAAUCUGGUGCAGACCAAACACAGACCCAUGUUGCAUUCCGUGACUUCGACGAGUAAGGGGGUUGUUACCUCAAUGGAGGAUUGCACUUUUUCUAAUUCUGCUUAAAUGUGAGUGUAUUGCUGGGGCUGUUUUGGGUUGGGAGGAUGGGUGGGGAAUUUUUUACAAGGCUUUAGGGGCGUAGACGGUAAUGACUGGUAAAUGAGCUUUGACACACAUUCUUUUGUUUUCUGAAAUUGCUCUAUUGCACUGAUUUCUGAUAAAAUGCUAUUUAGAGAAAACAAGAAACGAUUUGAUACGAGAACACGGUUAUAAAGACCAGAUAAAUAGCGUUGUGUUUUUAAAACUUCUAUAAAGGCUAUUUUCCUAAUAAAAGGAGUCACCGUCAUUUAAGGAUUAAAAACUGACAAUUCUCCUUGUGUUGUAAAAUCGGUGCUUGGAUGUUUGUGCGACUUCUGCCCUUGAUAUUGGACUUGUAUUCUGUACGCUUGUCCUGUGCGGUUAUGUCCCAUAUGAGUUGCGCAUAAGGUACGCUCAAUCCCCGCUGAGUAUGCUGCUUGAUUUGAAGGAAAGGACUGAUAUAUUGUUGAGUACGUACCGUCCUGCCAAGAUAUUGUGGCCUGUUUUAUUGGUGGACCUCACUUGCACAAACUGAGAGAAUUAGUGAUAUACAACUAAAGCACCAAUUUUGAAGAAUCUCAAAGAUAUCUUUUGUUUGAUUGCUUGUACAUUUUUCAAUAUUUGGUGGUUAAGGGUACUUUGAAUGUUAUAGCAUGUGCGUAUCGCUUGACCUCGGAUGUGGUCGGCUGUUUCCAAAACUUGCUAACUUGUAAUCCACUGACCUGGUACUACAUCUUUAGGGUACUUUAAAAAUAUUUAUAGGUUUCUUAUUAUGUACGCUUGGAUUCACUCCAGCGAAAGCCUUUGGAAACAAAUAUGAAUUAAUUGAAAGUCUAUAACACAGACGUCAGACCAAAUUCAGUAUUUACGAAGGUUAGUCAAUGAAUUUGCACCCUUCAUAGACUUUAGUUUUUUCUGCAGACAUACAUUUAUUUACUUGAAGUUAUGGCAAAAACCAUAUAUGACUCUUAAUGCACUUAAUGGUCAAAAAGAAAUGAUAUAAUUAUACCAUGUGUGUGUGUGUGUGUGUGUGUGAAUGGAAAAGGUUGCAUGUGUAAUUGUUUGCUGGGGUUCUGCAACUGUUCUGCUUGUGAAAUACUAGCUGCAAUUUUCCCUACUUCCUCUAAACCAAACCCAGCUCUUUUCUGCACCAUUUCAUAUUUCUUAUUCCCAAGGUGUGAUGAACUUAAUAUUUUUAAAUGAACUGUGAAGCAACCUUAUAAGCAGCAACUGAGAAAGAGAGACGUGGCGUUUUGGGGGAGGCAGGAAUCAAACUCUGUCAUACUUGGGCUUUAUCCCUGGGUUCAAUGUUUUUAAAUAUUUUGUGAGAAAAAAUGUAUAUGACAAAGAAAAACUCUUUACCUCAAAUUUGUUAAAAUAUAAAAAACUGCCUCAUGUUCUAUAAAAGGUGUGUUGGUUUCAAGAGGUAUUGUUUAUUUGAUCUUGUUUUUAUGGAGUGUAACCCAACUUUAAGUUGAAGUAAUUUUUCAUGUCCAAUAAAGUAAUAUUUGUUGUAA